UAGUGUUCAUAAACAUCACACACUCUCUCUUUCUCUCUCUAGAAUUGGAAAAAAAAAUGGGAGCUACUCUUCCUCUUCAUCAAUCAUGUACAUUAUUCCCAUCAUUAUUGUUGCUUUUCAUCUCUUUGAUUAUCAUCCCUCAGCUUGCACUAGGGGGCACUACAAGGCACUACCAUUUCGAUAUAAAGUACGAAAAUGUGACAAGGCUAUGCCAUACGAAGAGUAUGGUUACAGUGAAUGGUCAGUUUCCUGGACCAAGCAUUGUUGCAAGGGAGGGUGAUCGUCUUCUUAUCAAAGUUGUCAACCAUGUUCAGAACAACAUCACCAUCCAUUGGCAUGGAAUUCGACAACUUCGAUCAGGGUGGGCUGAUGGGCCAGCAUAUGUUACACAAUGCCCCAUUCAAACAGGCCAAAGUUAUGUCUACAAUUUCACAAUUGUGGGUCAAAGAGGCACUCUCUUUUGGCAUGCUCACAUUUCAUGGCUGAGAUCAACUGUUUAUGGUCCUCUCAUUAUUCUUCCAAAGCAUGGUGUUCCAUAUCCUUUCACCAAACCGUACAAGGAAGUUCCCAUCAUUUUUGGAGAAUGGUUUAAUGCAGAUCCUGAAGUAGUGAUAGCACAGGCAUUACAAACAGGUGGAGGUCCAAAUGUAUCUGAUGCUUAUACUAUUAAUGGACUUCCAGGGCCAUUGUAUAACUGCUCUGCUAAAGAUACAUUCAAGUUAAGGGUGAAGACAGGGAAAACCUACCUGCUCCGUUUGAUUAACGCUGCACUCAACGACGAACUCUUCUUUAGCAUCGCAGACCACACCCUCACAGUUGUUGACGUAGAUGCAAUUUAUGUGAAACCAUUUGAAACAAACACUGUUCUCAUCGCACCAGGCCAAACUACAAACCUUCUUCUCAAAACAAAACCCCACUAUCCUAACGCUACAUUCUUCAUGAGUGCUAGACCAUAUGCAACUGGCCAAGGAACCUUCGACAAUUCAACCGUUUCCGGAAUCUUGGAAUACCAGGUCCCACCGAAUAUUCUUCUCCAUUCAACAAAGAUUCCCCUCAUUAAACCCACUCUCCCUGCCCUCAACGACACUUCUUUCGCAACAAAAUUUACCAACAAACUUCGCAGCCUUGCGAGCCCUCAGUUCCCGGCUAACGUUCCCCAGAAUGUCGAUCGACACUUCUUCUUCACAAUCGGCCUCGGUACAAGUCCUUGCGACCAUAACCAAACUUGUCAAGGGCCCAACGGAACCAAGUUCGCUGCAUCGGUGAACAAUGUGUCGUUCACGCUCCCAGUAACUACCUCUCUUCUUCAAGCCCACCAUUCUGGUCAAUCAUUUGGUGUAUAUUCGUCUAACUUUCCCGUUAGUCCCUUGAUCCCAUUCAACUACACUGGAACUCCACCCAACAACACUAUGGUUAACAAUGGAACCAAGUUAGCGGUUCUUCCAUUCAACACGAGUGUGGAGCUUGUAUUGCAGGACACUAGCAUUCUUGGUGCUGAAAGCCACCCUCUGCAUUUGCAUGGUUUCAAUUUCUUUGUUGUUGGACAAGGAUUUGGUAACUUCGAUCCGAAUAAGGACCCUUCGAAAUUCAAUCUUGUUGAUCCAGUUGAAAGGAACACCGUAGGAGUCCCUUCUGGUGGAUGGGUGGCUAUUCGGUUCUUAGCAGAUAACCCUGGAGUAUGGUUCAUGCAUUGUCACCUUGAGGUUCACACAAGCUGGGGUCUAAAGAUGGCCUGGGUUGUGUUGGAUGGAGAACUAGCGCAACAGAAGCUGCUUCCACCACCUGCUGAUCUUCCAAAGUGCUGAAACAUUCAAUGGGAUCGGAAUUCUAGUUAAAUUUAUUUUACCUUUUUUUGGAUUCUUUUCUAUUUUCUCUUUCUUUGUAUUGUUUCUCUUAUUUAUUUCCCUCUUUUUCAAUGGCCCAUUUUGGCAUUCUUCAUGGGUUCACAGGUUGUCAGUUUGUUAUUACUAGUUCAAUUUUUUUCAUUUGCCGGGAUGAGUUGAAUUGAUAUAGAAAAUGUAAUGGUGCGUCUAUAAUAACAUCUUUGUCUUCA